ACAGUAUCACUACUGAUAACAGCGCGACACAAACAUGGAAACUUGAAACUCCGACACCCUUCGCUUUCUGUAGUUUCGACAGGAAUAAGCCAAAAUGGCCUUCGACGACUCAGGACUUUACUCGUCCUACUACAAUCCUUAUCACAUCUCGCGACUCCAGGCCGAAAUUGAAGCGAGCGCGCAACCAACCGAGCGAAGAUGUGUGUGCUGCCUUCUCAUGUUUGGUGCAACGUGCGGCGCAGUGACGGUGGCGGUGGGCUUCUACGUGCACACGCCAGCCAUCACGUGGCCGGUGGUGGUAGUUGGCUUGCUGGGCGUCAUCUUGGGCGUCGUGCUAGCGCACAGACAAGCCACGGGGCGAGGCUGGAAUGCCGGGAGCGCCAGCAUCUACGCGCUUGGCGCGCUGGUGCUGCGGCGCCGGCAGGAGCAGGAGGAAGAGGAGGAGGAGGCGCAGUGGCGCGCGCAGCAGGCGCAGCCGCCGUGGCCGCCACAGCCCCUGCAGCCGUGGCGGGUGGCGCAGGUAGUUGGCUCCCGCUACUACAUGCCCGUCUACUGCGCCUGCCCCCUGGACGAUGUGGGCAGCAGCAGCGGCAGUGGCAGCGGCAGUGGCAGCGUUGUUGACGGAUAUGAGAACCAGCAGGUGCAGAAGCUGCCGCAGCAGCAGAAGCAGGCCGGAGUGGCCCCGACGAAGCCGUCGCAUGGGGGAGCUGAGGAGGGAGGCGGCGACUGCGGUGAUGGCUCGCUGCGGCGGCUGUCGUCUGGUGACGGAGGCAGGGAGCACCGGGGGGUGGUCUCAGUUGAGAUUGGCGCGGUCGGGGGCGCCGGAGGGACUGCUUCGGGCAGUGGCAGCUCCCCCGCCACAAGCAGCGGCAGCGGCAGCGGCAGCAGUCGCGGCAGCAGUUCCCAGGACCUUGCGGGCAAGCGAGCUGGCGGCGGGGGACUGUCGGCCGGCGGCGCGGGGCCAGUGCCGGGACCACACAUGUCGGUGUGUGGGUGGGCGGGGGAAGGCGCCAUGGUGUGUGGGCUGCCACUGGCGGGUGUGGACGGGCGGGUGGACGCGCGGCCUGUGUUGGUGCUGCAGCCGCAUUGGCAGCACCCAGCGCACUCACAGCAUCACCCCCAGCAGCAUCCAGUGCCACUGCCACAGCAGCAGCCGCCACAGCAGCAGCACCCACUGCCACUGCAGCAGCAGGAGCAGGCGCGGCCGGAGGCACAGCCGCCCCAACUGCCGCUGCAACCGGAGGAGGAGGAGUGGGCCGAUGCAGCCAGCGAGGCCGAGACAGGGGCCUGCGGUGGGGACGGCGGCGGGCUAGGGGCGCCCCCCAUGAUGAGCGGUGCAAGCCAGCAGCAGCACCAAAGCGGCGGCGUUGGAGACCUCGGCGGGACGGACCCGCUGGCUGUUCCGGCUGCGGCUGCGGCUGCGGCUGCCCGCUCGGGCUCAGGUGCGCAGUGAAGGCUAGUUGAGUUGAGGUGUUUCGGUUCAUGGACGGUUAGGGCCGCAGGCGUUCAUACCAGGCAGCGAGUCGCCCUUUGUCCUGCUGCGGGGUAUGCUGCCGCGGCACUGGUGUGCACACAGCGGUCGAUCAAUGCUGCUGCGGCUGUCGUGCUGCGUAGCUGCCGCCUGAGAUCCAGGCAUGUGGCGGUAUCAACAAUGGCGGUAGGCUAACGGUUUGGGCGGUGCUUGUCAUCGAGGUGAGGUUGACGGUUACAGCAGUUCACAGCGGGGUGGUGGCAGGCGGCGGCGGCGGCGAUGAUUGGGGAGGUAGGGCCGAGGCCGACCUCCAUUCGACUGAUGGCCGUGCCGCCGGCGGCCGCUGCCACGGCCAGGGGUAGGGUACUUCCACCCUGCGCUAUGGCCGUCUAGACCGUGUGGUGUUGACGCGGCUCGCAGCACACCUUGGCCCAUUGAACGGACAAAACCACUGUGCACUGUUUGCAAUAAAGGCGUUCGUGGGGUGGCAUGGCACACAGCGGCAAGCGCGCAAAGAGGCGACACCGCAAAGCUUCUAACUUCGAAUGUGGUUAUGUUUGCACAAGGGGAGGGGUGAAGUAGUAGACCCAGUUGAUGUGUUUGAUGCUUGGACUCAAAAUAAGCCGCAUGCUUAGCCGGCGGGCGUGGGACUGCAGGUUCAACAUGCGUGCAGCUGCAGACGCAACAAACUUGGUGUGCUUGAAAACGUGACCCAACACAACAGUAUUUCUUUGGUGGUUUUGGUGGUUCAAAAGUUGACGGUAUGACCGGCAAAUGACCUCUGCGUCUUGUUUAACGCGUAUGUGGUAUUGCUGUUGCCGGUAUUGCAUUCGUUCGUGCGCUUGCGGGGCAUGUCGAGCUGUGGCUGUAUGUACCCGGAUGUUGCUGGGUACCGUAUGUUGGUGCCGGGUGUCUUUGUAUAUGCGAGACGUUUUGGUGGACGUUCAUGUUCAUGAUGGUACACCCAGGUGAUGUGGUGUUCAUUCGCGGUUCAGACGUUUGCGAUUGCCUCUUUCCAGGCAUGAGAGAGGGUGCGGUACCUGGCGGUACAAAGCUUCCAAGUUCGACCAGGAUAUGUCCCGGGGAGCCCAACCCACCAUGACACCCAGCAGUACCGGAAUGCCGUCGCUGCCGGUCGCUGCCCCUCCACGUCUUAGCAGUAGCGUGCAGUAGCGACCUGAGCAGUAGCUGUACAACGUGUGUGCGAUGGGACAGUGUCAAGGCAGGUUGGUGAAGUCCCGUGCAGCUGAUUCCCUAACCCCAGCAGAUGGCAAACAUACAAUUUGCAACGGCAGGGCAUGAGUACGCGGCUGGUCGUGAUCCGACGCGGCGGGCGGCCUGUGUUAUCUGGUGGUCACCAGCGUAAUCUCUUGUCAAGCAAGGCGUGCGCGGUGUUUGGGACGCCGAUGGCUUUACAGGUGCGUGUCACCUGGUGUGCAGCAGCAGUCGAGCGCAGUCAGUGCUCGUAUCUUGUAGAUGCCCUCAGGCACCCGGCAUCUACACAUGCGUAGAUGACCCUGACCGCGGCAUCUACACUUAAGCCCCCAAGCCCCCCA